AUGGAAGACUACGAAGAUAUGGAUGAUGUGGAUUUUGAGGAGGAGGUUGAGGUUGGAGGGGAGGAUGGUGAAGAAUAUGAAGAGGCAGAAGGCAUGGAAGUGAUUGAGGAAAAUGACGAGGAGGAAGAUGGAGAUUUUGACUACGAAGAAGAAGACCAAUCUGCUCCAGUGUAUACAAUCCCUCCAAGGGAAAUCGUCGCUGUCGAGCAUCCAUUGAUUGUUAAGAAUCUUGAAAAUGGUAUCAAAACUUUUGGACGUCAACCACAAUGGAAUAAGAUUCUUGAGGGCACUGAAGAUGAAUGCAUUCCGCUUUUUCUUCGAAUCAAGGAUCCCACAUGCGAACCAAUUCUAUCUUACAAUAGCAUCACCAACAACGUUCUCCUCAAGAUCACCGUGCCGAAACGUACUGGUAGAAAGCGCAAGCGUGGGUCUCAAGAUCCUUAUACUGACGAUGGGCGUUCAACGUCUCAGGCUACCAAUGAAAAGAAUUCGUUCGGUGAAAAUCAAUCUCACUCUUUAAAAGACAAACCCAAUAGUAUACUGAGAAAGCUUCGAGACAAUGUUGGUAAAUACACUGUCGAGGCUGCAGGAGCCAUAGAACAGAGUCAUCGCUAUAGAGGACUUUCCGAUUAUCAUCAAUCCACAUCUAAUGCAACUUUCAUGUCACAUUUCAAAGAAACUGCAUUCUCUGCCAAUUGGGGAAAGAUGCGAGAAUUCAAGCUCGGUACUGACAAAGGCUGGAAACCAAAUGAAGAAAUUGUUCCUCCACCCACAUUCACUCACCAUCCAUUACCAUUCAACUGGGGAUACCGACAAAAUCCUUUAAUCUCAACCGAAGUGGAUGCAGAGACAGGAGAAACAAGUAUAGUGAACCGUUCGAAAAUGCCAAAGCUCGAGAUGCAGUAUGUACAUUGCGACGAAGACGAAGACGUCCCCACAAAACCAUUCCGUGAAGUUCCAGAUGACCCUGUCCUCAAAGACUUCGUAGCCGCACUUCAACUAGCCAUGAACGAACGUCCAAUUUGGACUCGUCGUGCAUUGCAAAAUCGUCUCGCCAACGAGCCAGGAUAUUAUUUGAUGAAACCUGCACUUCAAUAUGUGGGUUACCAAUUCCGAAGCGGUCCUUGGCGUGAUGCUCUCAUAAGAUAUGGAGUUGAUCCCCGCAAAGAUCCAUCUUGUCGAAUUUAUCAAACGAUUUUCUUUAAGUUAUACGAAGAAGAUGAGCGUGCUCCCGAUGGUCAAUGGAAAGAUAUGCGGAGUCAAUACACAAGACAUCAAGUUUUCGGCACCGGGGAUUGUCCUUCGCAUAUGUUCAAUGGCACUUCUUUAACUCUCGACGGUAAAGUGUGGCAAAUUUGCGAUAUCACAGAUCCCCUUCUUGCUCCUCUUAUACAAAAUGCUCCGAUGGCCAGGCAAUACGAUAACAACCAUGACGGCUACUACAAUAACGGAACUCUUGCCAAGAUCCGAGCUAUCAUGAAAACAAAGUUGAUUGCCAUCCGCAGCAAAAAGACAAUCCCCGAAAAUGCAUUCGACGUAGCGCUCAGCAUACCAGAUUUCGUAGAGGGAAAACAUGGAAAGAAAGUCCAUGUGCCAGUACCAGAUAUGCGAUUAACAGAAGAAGAAAUUGAAAAAUUGAGAGAAAAGGGUAUAAUUAGUGGAAUGAGUGGGAAGGGAGUGAGACAUCUUGAUUCAAGGACAAAGAGGAAACAAUAUAGAAAGGGCGGAAAGUUGCCAAUAAAAGCUAAGAGAGCGAAACAAUAUGGAAUGAUGAAGGGACCGUCAACAUCAAAACCUAAAUCUUCGACCACGGCAGCGAAACCGAAACAGAAGAAGACAACUGGACCUUCCGAUAAGGAUACAGAUGCUACGCCGGAUAUUGCUGCUGUGCAUGUACAGGGAGAUAUCUCGACGGAAGAUACUAUUAAGAUGAUGGAUGCAGAGGGAGAAGACGAUGAGAUCGAAGUCGACGCUGAGAGAGAAGAUGACGAUGAAGAAGCAGAGGAAAACGAAGACGAAGGAUUAGUCGAUGCGGAAUUGGGAUCCGAAAGCGAAAGUACAGACUCAGAAGAUGAUUCUGAGGCGGAAAAGGAAAAGGAAAUGUUUAUUAAGAAUUAUGAAGCGAGGAUGGGGGCCGAGAAUGCUUCAAAUAAUUAG